AUGUUUCAACGUAAUGUGGCAAUAAACGCCUUCUUUUUCUUUUUCUAUCGUUCUUUCCUUUUAUGUUUUUUAUUUUCGUUUUUCUUUCUUUCUUUCUUUCUUUCUUUCUUUCUUUGCCCAUUUCAACAUUCAUUUAUAUAUUGCUUCCCUGAUUCAUUUAUUCCUCUUUCUUUCUUUCUUUCUUUCUUUCUUUCUUUCUUUCUUUCUUUAAUUCUUUCUACAUCUUUCUUUCUUUCUUUCAUUUAUUCUUUCUUCUUGUUUGUUUCUUUCUUUCUUUCUACAUCUGCUCAUUUAUCUUUCUUUCUUCCUUUCUGUAUAUUACAUCCCAACUUCAUUUAUUCCUCUCCUAAUUGUUUGAUUCAUUCCUUCUCUUUAAGAGACGUUAAACAUAUCUAUCUAUCUAUCUAUCUAUCUAUCUAUCUAUCUAUCUAUCUAUCUUCUUUCCCUCCUUACUUCCUUCCUUUCUUUCUUUCUUUUUCUCGUUUAGCCCGAGUGCUCAAGGUGCUCGGUUGCCAUGUGUCCCCACGAGGAGGCACUACAGAGGGCUUGCUUGAUGGAGAGGCUAUAUACUGGCAGGGGAAGACUUACGCACUCGGCUCCCCCUUUUCGUAUUUCUGCUGGCCAGCGGCUGUGGCUGAAAGCGACAAGCACUAG